UUUAAUCUGCCCCCAGAAGAGGCAUAUGGACUUGUGACAGAGUAUGUCGAAGGAAUGCUUGGAUACUGCGUUCAACUGGACUCGAUAUGGUCGAGUAAGGACGAGAUGCGGAAGCUGGCUGAAUAUGCUCUCUCUACGGCUCUCGACAUGAGCGAGCGAGGAGUUAUACACGGCGACCUCAUGAAGCAGAAUCUCAUAAUCCGACAAGGCGAUGCGAAAUUCCCCAUCGUGUUUAUCGACUUUGGGAACGCAAAGGGUGUUGAAGAUGAGACACGUAUUGAUAAUGGCUGGGAGAUACUUCAAGAACUCGUCCGGAUGGGAUUCCCAAAGGAAGUGCUUCCUGUCCUCGUGUCCGCCACCGCCACCACCACAUCCGGCGUUGAUCCCGAAAUGAAUCCGUUGGGCGCUCGUCGGGCGCCAACGAUUCUGUUUAUCUCCGUGACACCACAGAUAGCGAUGUUCAAGCGAGACUGCACUCCAGCCUUGCCUGCCGGAAGCAAACAUAGCUGUGAGCUGUAUAUACUCCAGGAAUCAAAAAUCGCAAUGCUCUGGCUCCGCAUAGCCAGCCAAAUGGGGCUUGCCCUGUUUACGUUGAUCGUGCAGAUGCAGCUGCACGGCAAUCUCUAUGUGCCACAAUCCAUCGGACUGUUCUUCGACGCGGCCGUACCGCACCUUCUACUCAUCGCCGGUGAUGUCUCGCACUCGCUUCUUGCAUCUGGUCGUUCACCCGUGGCUCCUCCGACUGUGGCUUCCGAAUAUGUACCGUCUGCUACAAUGUCUCCUGUGGAUGCGAUUACUUGGAACACCACUACGCGCGGCGUGUCCGUAGAAUCGUCGUUGCCUUCUUCGUCGUCGGUGCUCGCUGCCACAUCCACAUCACUACCUCCGAGAAGCAGGCCAACAUCCAAGUCCAGAGAUCGACCGGUACCUGUUUGGCGGGAGGGCUUCAUCACCCCGACGGAAGAAUCCAAUACGAGCCACGUUAUACCCCUUGUCGUUGCCUGCAUUGUGGGCGCAGCUUUUGCUCGCGCCACAUCGACAAUGACGAUACCGUCUCUACGAUGCCUUCGUCGAUUUAUACCAUCGAACGCCAUUGCCAAGCUCAAGGGCAUAUUGAAGGGCGGCACACCCACGCAGUCGGGCACAGAGCUCGUGCUCGACGGCGUGGGUGUUUCGUCGACUGUGUCGCUCGUGUCUGCGUCAAUCACAGGAGACCAACCAGCAACAGACGCAGAAGGACCACGGCCAGGAGUAUAUGUAUCCGCCUUUCACGGAUUCCUGUCAGCGUGUACUAUCGCUGCAGAUACCCCAGCCGUCGAGGACUCGCAGGAGAUCCGUGAAACCGUCAACUCGGUACUCGGUAUGCAAACCGAGGCGGAAGACAUGGAGGCGCCUGAGAGCAACACACCCGCCAGCAUUCCCGUCCGGAUCGUCAACGUAAGCGCAGGAGCAGCCGCAUCUCCGGGUUCCCAAAGCGCGUCGAACAGUGCAGCCUCCUCUCAAUCCGACAUCUGGACAGGUCCCUUCGUCGCGCUACUUCCAUCGCAGCAUGAAUUCACAGGCAUCCUAUACCCAACUGGUGCUUACCUGGUCCCUCUUCUCGACUCUACCACACCGCUGUCGCCUCGCCGUGCCCCAUCUGGGUCUUCCAAAAUCCCUCCUCGAAUCGCGUCAAUCCCCGACUGGCUGUGUCCGACCUACACGGAGCAGGCAUGCGAGGAGCACAUGAAGCGAUGCGGUGCGAUCGUGGACGAGAUGACGCGUCAAUGCACGCGGUACAUUGCGGCGCGGGAGACACUGCCUGCGGCGCGGUCGUAUCUGGAGGAGUGUGUUGAGGAGCAGCGCGCAUACAUCGAGGAGCUGGAGGCGAGGCUGAAGGUGCAGCGUGGACAGCUAGAGGCGGUGUAUGCUGGGAUGAAGAAGCGGCAGUCGGACAUCGCUUCUCGACGUGAACGCCUGCAGGAAGAACAGGGGAGGAUGAAGGAAGAGCGGACGCGGGUGGAGGAGGAACGGUUAGCGGUUGAAGAAAGGCGGAGGGAGGCUGAGGAGGCACGGCUGAGGAUUGCAGCGCAGCGGACACGUGCUAUGGAGGAGCGGGCUAAGCUGGAGGCGAAGCGGGGCGCCCUGGAGAGAGAGCAUGCUGGGAUGGAGAAGGAGGGUCUGCCGGCACAAGGAGCGAAGACGGCCAAGGAGAUGUGCGACAAGGAGACACAGGUGGACGAGGCUGAUGCUGGUCUGAGCGAAGGACAGCUGGACCCGCGCGAGGCAGACACGGUCUCCUCCAGCGAAGGCGAACGUCGAGAUGAGAGUGCGCAGGAUGGACCAGAUGCGGGAGCCGCAUUGGGAGCUGAGGAAGACGACGAGAAAUCGGGAGAGCUUCAGCAGCAGUCACACCGCGACGCCAAUCAGGUCUCGACCGAUCGUCAGGACCAGCCGAAGGAGGCAUCGACCUCAGCCCAGCAGGCGGAACCCUCCAUGGAGGAUGAUCAAGGCAAGCCCGGGAUACACGACGCAGAAGGUGUGGACGUACCGAUGGGAGACCACGGUGACGAGGACGAACGCAUACCCGAUGGACCUUUAUCAUCCACUCUCAGCACAUCGCUAGGGCCAGGAGAAUCGCACGAAGAGUGCGACCUGGGAUUGUCGGCAAACGCCCCCGGACUGAACGAUCCGCCUCGCUCGCCCACUUCUGAGGAAGUGAUGGAAUCACCCAAGGACAGCGUGAUACCUGAGCUGUCUGGACCCGAUGGCACAGGUUCUGACGACGUGUUUCGCUAUCCGUCGUCGCCAUCGUCGCCAUCAUCGUCGUGUCCCUCGCUCAUAUCAAUCGACCGAGAACGUCGCUCGGAGAUUGAAGAAUCUCGUCCAUCGAGUCUUAUAGUGCAGCAGGGUGAGGCCGACGAUGUGUUUCGAUACCCCGGUGCAUCAGAUGAUGACGUCCGCUCGUCGCCCACUGACGAUUCCUCGCUGCCACGUCUCAUUCCGCAGCAACAGUCUCCUGAUUCCGUCGAUUGCAGCCCCUCACAUGUUGAUGCCACUCCUGCACCGUCAACGCGUGAGCCUCCAACUCCACAGGACGAUGCUAAGCCAACCCAGCAUGGUGGACUGACCAAGGCGUUCACGUUCAGCAUAGGCACGCCACCACUGCGCAAUGAGCAGCCUUUGCAGUCUAGCCAUCCAGGAGCCAGCAUGCAUUUCGGCACCCUGACCGCAUCAUCGACUGGAAGUCAGCCGCUGUUCACGAACAUGUUCCAGCUGCCGAGUACGCAAGGCUCGCAACCUGCCGUGGCUAGCAACAACACGGGGCCGAGUACGGCACAAGAUGCGGCCAGUGACGACAGACAGGCGGACGAGGAAGACGCGCGAGCUGCCCCUCGGCGGAAGAUGCAGACGGAUGUGAUUACGUCGAGCAGCCGCAGAGACUCUGGGAACCGCGGGCGGCAUGGUCGACCAGCGGGACGACGGCGAGGGGCUCGUGGUCACUAG